AUGAAGCAAGCACAGGUCAUUUUCAUUUUUGGGCCAGACUGCCUUCUGCUGAGCCGUCACGUCGGCUUCUCUCACAUGUGGGGGCGACAGCUGUGCAGCGUGCCCUCUCUCACCACUUUUGGACUCGUGUGUUCCCUGUGCUAUGGGCGUGUGGCAGGGUCAGGUGUCGGGGCGGCAGCCUGGACGUGGAUGGACACAUGGAGACGCUCCCUCCCCACGGCCAGCCCCAGUCCAGCGGCCUGGAGCAGUAGGACGAUGCUGGGGGUGGGCAGGCCUCCUAGGCCCCCUGUGGGUGCUCGGUCCCCAGCAGACGUAGCCCCCGGGCUGGAUUCUUGUCCUGCCCACACAGCCUGCUCCCGUCCCCGCUGUGUUGUGGCCGAUCAGUAA